UCCCCUCCGCUUCCGUCGCCCUCCUCCUCCCUUCCACGCCGUUUCUUUUUAUCGACUUUCUCCUUUUGGGGCCUUAAAACCCUUCCUUUACUUUUCUUCCGCACCCCGCGGUUUUCGAUCUGUGUCGCUCCUUGGGACAUCGGGCAUGGCGAGGAGAAUCCUGGUCACGGGUGGCGCCGGCUACAUCGGCAGCCACACCGUGCUGCAGCUUCUCCUUGCCGGGUUCGGGGUCGUCGUGGUGGACAACCUCGAUAACUCCUCCGAGGUCGCUGUCGAGCGCGUGACUGCGCUCGCGGGCAAGUACGGCAAGAACUUGACCUUCCAUCGGAUUGAUCUACGAGACAAGGAUGCAUUGGAUAAACUUUUUGCUUCAACAAAGUUCGAUGCUGUUGUUCACUUUGCUGGGCUUAAGGCUGUGGGUGAAAGUGUUCAGAAACCUUUGCUGUACUACAAUAAUAACAUUAUUGGCACCAUCGCGCUUUUGGAAGCAAUGGUUCGGCACGGAUGCAAAAAGCUUGUAUUUUCAUCAUCAGCUACUGUUUAUGGAUGGCCAAAAAAAGUUCCCUGUACAGAAGAAUCCCCUUUAUGCGCUAUGAACCCGUAUGGACGAACUAAGCUUAUGAUCGAAGACAUUUGUCGUGAUAUCCAUCGCGCAGAUAAGGAUUGGAACAUAAUAUUACUGAGAUACUUCAAUCCCAUUGGAGCUCAUCCUAGUGGAAAUAUUGGUGAAGAUCCUCGUGGAUUCCCCAAUAAUCUAAUGCCUUUUGUACAACAAGUAGCUGUUGGGAGGAGACCUGCUCUUACAGUAUUUGGAAAUGAUUAUUCAACCAAAGACGGCACAGGAGUAAGGGAUUAUAUUCAUGUUGUCGAUCUAGCAGAUGGACAUAUUGCAGCCCUGCAGAAGCUCUUCAAGUCCUCCAAUCUUGGUUGUGAAGUCUAUAAUCUAGGAACUGGGAAGGGAACAUCUGUCUUGGAAAUGGUGGCAGCAUUUGAGAAGACUUCCGGAAAGAAAAUUCCCGUGGUUAAAGCUGGAAGACGACCUGGUGAUGCUGAAAUUUUAUAUGCAUCUACCAGAAAAGCAGAGAAGGAGCUUAAGUGGAAGGCAAAGUACGGCAUCGAGGAAAUGUGUCGGGAUCAAUGGAACUGGGCGAAAAAGAACCCUUGGGGAUACGGAUCACCUGACUCCACCUCCUGAAGGAGCACUACUUUCCAGAGUUCUUCCAUACAGAAAGAAAGACCACCAUAUGUUGAUUUCGAGACAUGAAUCCAAAUUCUGAUGGAUUUUACCAAUAAAUAUGCUUCCAUAGUUGAAGAGACAUUAUAGUCAACGGUGUGUUUUUGGUACCAUUAGGUCAGGGUAUUCACAUGCCCUUCAUGUUCAUAUAUAUUUGAUAAAGCAACUUCACAAGGUAUAUUUUCAGUCCAAAACAUCUUACACUUUGAACAUUCUUAAACUUGAUCAUAGUGUUUCCCAUUCUUGUUC